AAUCAACCGAGUUUAUACAUCGCAGUCAAGGCGUUAGGUUAAAUUACUGCUAGAAAUACAAUUCCGCCAUCAAACAUUUUGGAUUGCCGAGUUUAAUUUCAGUUACUUGCAUAACAGAAAGAAAUUUGGGAAAAAUGAUAUCACAGCGGAUGAGAAAGGCUGUCAUGGACAAUCCUAAGAAACUAGCCAAUUUGAUUGACCUAGUGAAUCUCCCUUCAACACUAAGAGAAUUCAUGGGUCAGUCUCAGAGCUCCCGGUUGGGUUGUUUUAGGCGUGUUUGGUUGCAUAUCAAGGAAAACAAUCUCCAGGAUCAAAACAAUAAGAAUGUCUUCAACUGUGAUGAAAAGCUGAAGCAUAUUUUGUUGGGUAAGUCCCAGGUCGAACUUGUUGAGCUUCCGAUGCUUAUCAAGCUUCACUUUCCGAAGGAGCCAAAAUGACCAUUGCAAGUUCAUCAAGCCAUUUGACAUCGAGGACGUAUAUGCUUGGCUGCUACUUGUGAGCAAAACAUAUCAAUUGUUUGGAGGGCAAAAUGUCUUGUUUACGGAGCUUAACUGAUUUGUGACAUGGGAGGCACAGUGUUAAUUUUUACAUCCAUACAUGGAGUGCUAGUGACACGGUGUUUCUCCUCUUCAUUCAAUUGAAGUUUUGGAUAUUUUCUUCAUUAUGUUUUGUUUGAUACCCAUGUUUUUCAUCUCACUUCUAUAGGAUUUGGUUCAUUGUGGUUCGUUUGUGGUUGCGUUUAUGUUUGCCUUUUUAAUAGA